ACAAUGCUGCCAUCAGUGCCAUGGCAUUCAAAUCAUUGUUAUGAGAAAUAGACACACCCAAAAGGGUAACUCUUCAUCAAUUGAGGAAGAGGAAGGUUGAAAACAUAUGCAUGGUAAAACAAAUAGAACUUGGGUCAAAGCUAAUCGAUAAAGGUAUAUGAUGCACAUCUACUGUGUCGUAAGCAAAACUGUCCACGCAUGAAGCACACGGCGUCUGCGGCGCAGGGAUCCUCAGCCCCGAUGUGGCGGUGAGGAGGAAGAUGUUGGACACAGUUUGAUCAAAAGGGGGCUGGUCUGAGCCUCGCUGCGCUGUACCGACACACGCACUUCGGAGUUGUGAGCAGUCCCUCCAUCCCCACUGCAGGCUGUGACGCCCUCUCGCCUCCUGCUUCGCCGCCGCGUCUCCUCUCCUGCUGCAGAGCCAAACAGAGGAGCGUCUGCCCCGGGAAAUAUCCUCCGUUCUCCUUGACUGCAUGGGAAGAAGGAGAAUCUUUGACCUUGGAAAAUGAAGAUGCUGUUGCCAUGGGAACUGUUAAUCCUUCUGUCACUCAAAGAGUGCCUUGCUGAGAAUGCGCGCCACGGUCCCGUCUUCACCCAGGAGCCUAGCGACAGCGUCUUUCCCUUGAGCACCGAUGAUAAGCAGGUGUUUAUUAAUUGCAGAGCAAAGGGCAACCCACCUCCUCAUUAUAGGUGGAAAAUGGAUGGGGGAGAAAUAAACACACAGUCCGAUCCUAACUACAGCCUGGUGGAGGGGAACCUGUUGAUCAAUAAUCCACAUGUCAUCAAUCAUGGAGGAGUGUACCAGUGCAUAGCCACCAACACUUUUGGGACCGUAGUCAGCAGAGAGGCAAAAGUCCAGUUUGCUUUUCUGCAGAACUUCAGCAGAAAGUCGAGGAACACAGUGUCGGUGAGGGAGGGCCAAGCCGUGGUUCUACUCUGCGGCCCCCCACCCCAUUACGGAGAGAUCAAAUAUUGGUGGUUUUUCGACGGACAGCGCGGCUUCCUGCAGCAGGACGCCCGCCGCUUCAUUUCUCAGAGGACGGGCAACUUGUACAUCGCCAAGGUGGAAGCCUCGGAUGCCGGGAACUACACGUGUGCGGUGAGAAACGUGAUGACCAACGCCACAGUUCUCAGCUCUCCGACCCCCGUGGUGGUGCGCAGAGACGCGGUGAUGGGUGAAUAUGAGCCAAAGAUCGAGGUCCAGUUUCCUGACACCCUCAGGGUCUCCAAGGGAACUUCGGUGAAGCUGGAAUGCUUCGCCUUGGGAAACCCUGUGCCUUCCAUCUCCUGGAGGAGAGGCGAUGGAAACCCACUCCCGGGCAAGAUUAAGGUCAACCACUCCAGCGGGGUUCUGGAAAUCCCGUACUUUCGCCCGGAGGACGCCGGCGUCUACGAAUGCGUGGCCGCGAACAGCAAGGGGCAAAACGUCGCCAGAGGGCAGCUCAUAUUCAACAAUGCUGAACAUCUGCACUGGGUCCAGACCCUAAAGGAUGCUCACAUGGCCAUCGAUGCUAAUCUGCAGUGGGAAUGUAAAGCCAUGGGUAAGCCUAGGCCCACAUACAAAUGGCUGAAGAACGGCCAGCCGCUAGCGACACAGGGCAGGAUCCACGUGGAGGCGAGUAGACUGACCAUCUCCAAGAUCAGUCUGUCGGACUCCGGGAUGUACCAGUGCGUGGCGGAGAGCGAACACAGCGCCGUGUACGCUAGCGCUGAGCUCAAGGUUGUCGCGUCACCGCCCAACUUCGCCCGGCGGCCCGUGAAGACGUCCACCGUGGUCCAGAGGGGGGGCGAGGUGGUGUUGGAGUGCCGCCCGCACGCCUCCCCCAUGGCCACCGUCUCCUGGUGGAGAGGGGGAGAGCUCCUGAAGGACAGCGAGAGACAGAUCGUCAUGGAGGACGGCACGCUGCGUAUCACCAACAUCUCCAGGUCGGACGGGGGCAGGUACACGUGCUUGGCCAGGAACUCCUUUGGAACAUCCAGCAGCACGGGGACGCUGCUGGUUAAAGAGCCAACUAAGAUCGUGGUCCCACCCUUGAGUUUGGACGGCGCCGUGGGUCAGAGCAUCGUGCUGCCCUGCCAGGUGUCCAGUGAUUCCUCCCUGAUUCCCAUCUUCAAGUGGUUCUUCAACGGGAAACCCAUUGAUGUCAGCAGGCAGGAGCACUUUGAGAUGAUCGGGGGGGGAUUUGCAGGUGACCUGAUGGUGAGGAACAUCCAGCUAAAGCAUUCUGGGAAGUACGUGUGCAUGGUGCACACCGAAGUGGACACAGUCUCAGCAGCGGCAGACUUAAUUGUCAGAGGACCCCCCGGCGCCCCGGAGGGCCUGGCGGUGAGCGACAUCACCGAGACCACUGUGCAGCUUUCCUGGGUCUCCGGACCGGACAAUCACAGUCCCAUUACCAUGUACGUGGUCCAGGCCAGGACCCCCUUCUCUAUCGGCUGGCAGACCGUGAGGACAGUUCCUGAUUCUGUGCCUGGACAGAUGAUUCAUGCAACAGUGACAGAUUUGAACCCCUGGGUGGAUUACGAAUUCAGGGUGGUGGCAAUCAACGGCGUUGGCGUGGGAGAGCCAGGCACGCCAUCAAAACAGAUUCAAACCCGAGCAGCAGCUCCCAAGGUGGCGCCGGUCGGUGUGAGCGGCGGCGGAGGAGUUCGGGGGGAACUCGUCAUCACGUGGGAGCCCGUCGCAGAGGAGCAGCAGAGCGGGGAGGGCUUUGGCUACGUCGUGGCUUUCCGUCCACCUGCCAGCGGCACCUGGAUCCAGACGGUCCUGGCCUCGCCGGACGCGUCGCGAUAUGUUUACAGGAACGAGAGCAUCGCACCCCUGUCCCAGUUUGAGGUGAAAGUGGGAGUUUACAACAGCAUGGGAGAGGGUCCGUUCAGCCACGCCGUCACAGUGUUCUCUGCAGAGGAAGAACCCUCUGAGGCGCCUUCGAGAGUUUGGGCCCGCGCUCUGUCAGCCUCUGUGAUCCAGGUGGACUGGGAACCAAUCCCCAGCGGCUCGGGCAGCGGGAAGAUCCUUGCGUACGAGGUUCUCUUUUGGGAGGAAGGGUCUGAACAGAGCGAGGCGGAGAGCUUGAGGGUUGCGGACACCACGGCUCUGCUGUCUGGCCUGAAGGGCAGCACGGCAUACGGGAUCUCAGUCAGAGCCCAGAACAGCGCUGGACUUGGACCCUGCAGCCCUGCUUUCAACUACACAACCAAGAAACCACCUCCGAGGCAGCCUCCGGGGAAUAUCGAGUGGAACCUGACCAACUCUAAGAUCUUCCUGAAUUGGGAACACGUCAAGGCAGCGGAAAAUGAGUCUGAGGUGACAGGAUACAAGGUGCUGUAUCGGCCGAACUGGCCCGGCAGAACCACCUCACUGGAAACCAACAAGACCAGCGCGGAGCUGCGAAUCCCCUCCGGCGAGGACUACCUCAUUGAGAUCAAAGCUCUGAGCGACGGGGGCGAAGGCACCAGCAGCGGUCCCAUCCGCAUACCAAAGAUGUCCAGUCUUAACUCAGAAGGUUGUAGGUGUCCAGGUUCCACGAGGAUUAUCCCUUUUGUUAUGUUUUUUUGUAGUUUUCUGUUCAUUCUUUGAGCUUCUAAGGCUCUAAUAUCCCACCCUGGAAAUGAUUCUAGUGAUGAUUAUCUUCUACAUAUCUGAUCUCCGGAGGAAGAAGGUAACGAUCCAGUUUCUAAACCAAACUGGACGAUGGGAGCGCUCUGACAGGUUAUCAAAUGUCCAUAUCUAUGUGGCUGGACAAAACCUUCUCCAUCUGCCUAUUUUCAGGACCACUGCAGUCCUCCAGGAUGGACAAGUUUGAUAAACAUGGAUAGAUGAAUUUCUUAUCUGGUAUGUUAAGAUGAACCUAAGCGUCCCAUCGGUACCACUUAUUUCACUUUCUGCUUCUACCGGUUUUUCCUCAACCUCCAAGUCAUUUGUCGGUUUGACCUCAAUCAAUAUUACGGAAAUAAAAGGUAAAAAAAAAAAAGGUAAUAAAAGUUUAAUUUUCUUUUUACUUGUGAAAUCUGAGAUUGAGUUCAAAUUAAGUGACAAAGGUAAAGAAAUAACUUCUUAGGUCUUAAGGCUAAGCAUAGCUGAGCUAAUUGUCUCCCAUAGUUAGAUGGGUGGUUUGGAUUUUUUUGGAACUGAGGUGUACGUGGUACCUUUCUGUCAGAAAGUGACGUGUUACUUGAAUAAAGUGAUGAACUGCAGCCGUUAUCUGAGCUCUUUUCAAAGCCACCAGGCUCAAGCGACUAAAACACAGAUUUUACCCAACAUGGGGUCUCCCACUGCAUCGAUUAGCUUGUCUUAUUGUGGCACUGGUGAAACUGAUCUAAUCCUCUAAGAGACCAAAGUCACACAGUAACACAAACAAACUUACUGAUCAAUGCCGCGAUAAACUUGCAACGUCUAUGUGCUUGAGGGUAAAAUUGUUCAUUUUGUUGGAUCUGGUGGCAUAGAGCGCAAAGAUAACGGCUUCAGCUCCCUCUCUGGAAGUGCGAUCUAAGGGUGAGGUGUGAAGAUACAGAAGAGCUAUAGAUUCUCUCAUCUACCUCUCAACGAUAAAACGAUCGAGCAUACGUCCCAAAAUCACAAGGUCAAUCAGGUGUAUGAGUAACCAAGGCAAACGGAGCAUGUUGGAAAGAAGGCCCACCACUGACUGACUGAUUUCUGCAGGCGUGUGUUAUCCGUGUAGAGCUCAGCUCUACACAGUCCACAGCUUACCGGCUCUAAAAAGCAUCAACUAAGCACCAACUCAGCAGUACCACAAGUCAACGUGUUAAUGACUCGCGUCGGGCUGUGUAUUAGUUCACAAUGCUCGUUCAUUUAAGGUUGUUACUGUACAGAUUUUUCAGAUGAGUGUCUGUCUGACAGCUGCCUCUACAAUCAAACUUUCAUGUUUCCUUUUGCAUGAGAUGGUUGAGGUCACACGGUCACCAGCAGUUCCCGCUGAGUCCAUAAUAACAGACGUUCUUAAUCAAUACUUGUAAUACUUGCCUGAUUUCAUCUGCAGAGUUAAGACAGGCGUGAAUGUUUUGAGUGUUCAUUUCAUUAAAGGACACCCUGGCUAAUUCCAAGCUGCUUUUUGAGCAUGUCUCAAAAAAAACGCUUGGAGUUGCUGCUUAAAUGGAUCGAAAACCCAGAUAAGAUGAAUUCUAUCAAAGCUUCUUCGCCUUACAAAGUUUGUAUUCUUUAGAUCUGCUUUCAACCACUCCCAUGUUGCUAUUGUUCAGGCUUAUCAGAUAUAGAUUAUAUAGGAUUUACCUGUGCUAUUUUGUUUGUAAAAUUGUGUUUUGUGUAACUUAGUGAAAAGAAAGGAAGUGAAAAGUGAAAACAUUCAUUUAAUCCCAAAACCUAAAAGAGAAGUCUGUAUAGAAUUGUUCUCACGUUAAGAUCCUCCAUAAGCAACUGUGUUACUGCAUUUAACUAGUUGCAACAUGGACAGGCUAUUUUUGGAAAUCUAUUCAUUUCACAAUGAGGCAUCAUAACAUAACAGUGAAUAAUUUGGAGAGAAUUGAUGUGUGAUGAAGAACAUCAUUUGCAUUACAACAUUAUUCCGUGUUUUCCGAGAUGCAGCAUGACAAUUAGUGUACAACACGCCACUGACUGAUAACAGGAAUAAGGGAGAAGGUUUAUGUUUUAAUGGCGACGUGUAAAGAUGUGCUACUGUAAUAUUUUCGUGUUUGCUUCGAGCAGAAUUGCCUUUUCACAACGUUGCAGUUGGUCUCAUCCAAGGUGUCUCGGAGGCUUUGGACGUCUCUCUAUGGGGACACACCAGGCACCGUCACCUUUCACCUCAUGCUAAUGUUAAACCAAGUGUGGGAGGGGAGGGUCAAAAGAACAUUAUAUCCUGUGACGUCUGUAGCUUAAGUUACCAAAAACUAUUUGUACCCUAACCCUCUUUUACUAAUCCUAAACAAGUUGUUUUGUUGCCUUAACCAUUUGACAUCUUCACCCAAAUGCUUCACUGGGGACAUUUUCACAACAUUAACCGGGAUGAAUUUGGGUCACUGAUCGCAUUUGACUGCAGCUGUUUCAUUACAGUAACCAACCGAGCAUCACAGCGUUUCAGUAUGCAGACCACGGGUUCACCUUUGACCCGCUGGUGCCACCCUAUGAGCGUGGCCUCUUGGACAGCGCCGACCCGGCGACGCCUUUUCAUCACCCACAUGUUUCAUUGCUAAACUGUUUCACCGCAUUACUCUCGUGUUGUAACCUUAACCGCGACCAUCUCACAAUGUAAAUGCCUGCAAUCAACUAUAUAUGUUUAUUGUUGCUGUCUGAGACUUGUAUUUCUGUUUUUUUCCCACUUUUAUUUCUGAUUAAUUUGCUUCUUUAACUGAUCUUGCAGUAUGUUACUUCAGUAAUGUAAUACCAUUGUAUUAGUGUAAUAAGAUAUCUCUGUGAGAUGGCAAGAAGACUCAAUAAAUCCUUCAAAUUGAAACC